CCCAUCCGUCUAUCACUGCCACCAAAGUUCAAAUCUAUCCACCCGACCUUUUCUUUCUGCUCUUCUAUCAUUCACUUUCUUUUCGCCCAGCCGUUUCUAUCUGCUUUUCCUAUCUUCGCAUUCUCUUUGCCCAGUAAUCCCUUCGUAUUUAUGAGCCUAAAGAUAUUCCGAAAGGCUUUCCAGUGUCAGUCAGAUGGGCAUCUAAAACGUUGGCAGCAAUUUGGGGUCAUGAGACAACUGAACCUAUUGUGACUACAAACGCAUCACAAGGCUUGGUUGAUGAAAUGGACGAGCCUAUGGAAGACAUCUGUACCGAUCCCAUCAACAAUGGUGCCGGGGAAACCCAGUAUGUUUCCGUUGAGAUUGACACCCAGGCGACCGAUGGAUACGACGACGCUGUAGUCGAAGACAAUAUAUUCAAGCAAAUUCCAGACGGAGCGCCCAGAGCCCCUCCAGUGUUCAAUGCCAACCCUCGAUAUAAGGUGCCUCUGGAUCAAGAUGAGCCUGUUAUGGACUUUAAAUUUGCGAAACCGGCUCAUACAACGCCUGUCCUCAGGACCUCCAGACCCAGUGCCGACACCGUAGCUCCUUCACGCAGAGGCCAAACCCCCUCUUCUGAGAUAUGCAGCAGCGCCCAAGAAUCUCAUCAGGACAGUGCGAUAAAUGGGCCCCUUACAACCGGUGAAGCAAAAGUGCUUGCAGAAGCUACCAUUGAAAACGACGAGGCUGAACUGCCGUUAGAAGUUGGGGCUAGCCAACGCCCUGCUCUCAAGAAAAAAGACUCGAAUGCUCAACUUUCAACAAAUAUACCUACGAGACAACAAACACGAGAGAUUAGCUUUGCUGCAGGUCCGAUCAGUAAUGAUCGACAACCCAUUAAGUCUCUAAGACCACAGCAGGCUCGACAAUUCACAUCCACGCCUCCCCCCCUUCCAGACGUACAGCAUCAGACCAAGAAGAGGUAUAGGUCAGUGUUAGACGGAACACCUAGGCUGCAAUCAGUGGUCUCCCCACAGCAAGAGGCAAUAGCCAGAACACUCCGUCAGAAAUCACAAUCUGGCCCAAUGCCCCCAACGUUUGAGGAGCAGACCCUUGCUCAAGAAGGAAUGCUACAGCGGAAAGAAGCGGUUUUUUUUAGUACAGGUGUUGAUAAUGAGUUUAAUGUCGGCCACCUUUCGGAACAACAUGCAUCUUCCUCGGGACAUGGACCUCCCUUUGCUCCUAAAUCAGAGACACGAGCACACUGGCUAGCUGCCACCGGCAAUACUGAGUGUGACGAACUGAGCCCGCACAUGCCAUCCAAAUCUGCUGCCAAUCAGACACGCAGGGCUAGCAUUUGUUUCAAAGAUAAUGAUCGGAUUAGAAAAUUGCCUGCUGCAAAUAUUCCUUUCCCUGAGACUACAUAUCCAACGACCCCGCAUACAGGCAAUGGCCAGAGAAUGCACGAAACCAGCAGGCCAAUGUUAACGAAUAAACCGGGACGCAAAAGGGAUGCAGUGAGCCCUUGUGUCAAUCUGCAAAGCAUAAUCCAGAUCAGUCCCAAAUUCGCUCUAGAAGGGGGUAGUCUGAAAGAUUCCAGUGAUGGUCGUGGGUCCACACCACAAUCACGAGAAGCUACGAGCUACUCUAGACAGACCAGCAAUCCGCCCAGCGAGUUACUCCAGGGCAUAGAGGCUUACAUGGAAAAGGAGAAGCAAGCCCUAUUUGAACAGAUCGAAGAAAAAGAUGCCAAAAUCAAUGAAGUUUCCAAAAAGAAUGGAGAUUACAAGGAAACCAUUAAUGAGCUCAGAAGAACAAACGCUUCUCUAUCUGAAAAGUUUGCAGUGAUGAGAGAGAAAGCAGAUGCGCUCCAUGAGAGUGUAACCUCACAAUUUGAGGAACAUAAAUCACUUGGGGCUUUUGUGACAAAGCAUAAAUUACAAGAUGCAGAGUACAGGCAUGAGGCGGAAAGCAUGAGAACGUCGCUCAUGGAGGCAAAGAGCGGGCUCCAGAGCCUUCAAAUCUAUCAGCAAAAUUCUAAAGUUGGACUGGAAGAAACUAGAGCACUAGCCAUAAGCCAAAUCGAAAAUUACAAGUCGCUUGAAGAAGGUCUUGGGAAGUACAAAACCAAGCUACAAGAGGAAAUGGAGAAGUCACAACUGCUCCAAAAAGAGCUCAAGGCACGACAUCAAGAGAAAGGUCUGAAAGAUACCAUCAAAGACCUUCUUGAUAACCACUGUUUGAGCGUCACCGACAGGCUAGCUAUUCAAGAGAACAAGGUAUCAGAAGCCAUCAGCAAUACUGACAGAGAGAAUCAAAGCAGGCUCUCUGACUGCCUAAGGUUACUUGAGUCGACAAUAGGAAAGCCUCCACGGGCACCAAAAGAGAUGCUAGAAAUGACGGGCCUAAUUGAAACCCUGUCUACAAACAUCAGCGAUCGUCUCCAAAGCGCAGAUGAUGGGAGUGAGACCUUGCGUAAUGCCGGAACGGAGGUUAUGGAGGCAUUGAAGACUCGCCUCGAAACCCUCUUUGAAAUUCAGGAUUCCAGGAUAGACCUAGACGAGCGGAUAUCAUCUCUGAAAGUUGAUAAUGCACGUCUAGAAGUAGCCACUCGAGGGCGUGAAGAGAGAAUCCUAGAGCUUCAAACUCAAUUAACUGCCAAGGAAAGCGAACUUGACAGGUGCCGAGCAGAUUCCAAUGUGAAGUCUGAGUGGAAUCGGACGCAAUUGGAGGAUAGGCAAAAAGAACUCGAUAGAUACCGCGAGGAGCUGGCAGCAAAAGAGAGUGAGCUUCGUAAAGCCCAGGCAAAGAUAGCAUCUGGGUGUGUUACUCAAAAUGAGCUUACGAUUCUCCAAGAAACCCAUGCAAAGUCUGCCAGUGACCUGGCGGAUAUUACGAAGCAAUUGAGGGAUUGCCAAGCAGCAUUAGCGGAGCAAAGCGAAACGGCCAACGCGAUGCAAGUGACAAAUGCGGAUCUCGAAAAACGACUGAGCUCUGCAGAACAGAAGGCUAUCGAUGUCGCGCGAGAGUUGUCGCAAUUCAAAGCAAGCGCAAGUGAGAGCCUCAAGAGACAGAGGGUGGAGGCAGAAACGGAUAGGAGGAAGUCACUAGAGUCAGAAAAGAGGAGAUAUGUGCAGAAGGCGUCAAAUCUCCAACGUGUGCGAGUAGAAGCCGAAGCAACGGCAGAAGGGUUGAAAGCAGAGUCCAAGAAAAUUAAAGAGGACGUCGAAAAGAAGGAGCAGUUGAUACGAGCCCUCGAAGCAGAGAAGACCACCCUCGAGGGUAAAAAUAAAGAACAGUUGGAGAGACUGGCCCAAUUGCAGCAGUGGUCUAAAUUUCAAGUCGACGAAUACCACUCAUUGACCGAAGAUCUGAAGUCAACCACUCUUAAUAUCGCAAAACUUGAAACAAAGCUUGGACAUAAUGAAGAAAAGGCAGCUGCGGAUUCUCGGAUGGUGAACGAUAUCACUGAAACCGUCGAGGCUAUCGUUCAUCAACAUGUCGCAGUUGUGAGCCGUUUGGAGUCAUACGAGAGAUUUGAAGCCAAGGCCCAGGACUACUGCCGGAAAUCCGGUAUAUCCUUCGAGGCCAACACAGCACUAGAUGCGAUUCUAGAAAUGCUUGCCAGAUUUGAGAGUCGAACCUCAGACGUCGCCAGGACCUUAUCGAGUAACAAUGGCGUCAGUGACAGAGCAGAUAAACCAGAGGCCUCUAACGGCCAGGCUACCUCUUUUACCCCUAAGGUUGUACGUCUUAAAGUCCCGGAUUCACCCGAAAUACAGGAUUCUCAGAUGCCUUCUGCACCAAGCUCAAGUCCUUUACCGAGACAAGGAGUUAGAAGCAUCACUUCCCAAUCCAGGCAUGUCUUUACUAGUACAACCCUUCCCACCAGAGAAUCAUUGGGGGACCUCACCAACAAACUUACCACUGGAGUGGCCAAGUACCGCGAGUCAAGGCCUACAAAGGAUUUCGAAGAUGGCCGUCGCCACUCUCCGUUACAUGCGCCCGAGAUCGAAGAUAGCCAAGAUAAAGGCCGCGAAUUGGACCGCAGCCCCAGCUAUAGCCCAUUGAGUGAGACGAACACUGACGAAUUGGAUCAACCCCACGACUUCUACAUGCUGGCUUCGGAUCACCCAGAAAAUAAAAAGGGGCGAAUAGGAGAGACGGCUAGAGGGCAACGUCUCACUGCAGCUCCCAAGAAGGCUGAUGUUAAACCGUCCAAAAUGCAAGCCAACAAGCGAUUGAAAAGCUGCCUGAGACAAACCAUGCCCAGGGAUAACUCGGUGGAUGAUAAGUCAAUGAUGUCGAACGAUACCCUUAAGACACCAUUGUCAGAUUCAACGUCGAUAAAACCCCCCACAACGCGAAAAAUCUCAAAUGCUCGAGUGGCAUCAAUUUCAAAAGUCCAAGAUCCAACGAAGACACUUUCUUCUGAUAGCAAUCUUAUCCGUGGUGGAAGUACACCGAGGUCCGACUCUAAGCAAUCAAUCAUUGCUGUGCGACCUGAGGGCAUUAAUUCCGAGUAUAAUCUCCGAAAACGUGCCCGGUGUUCGGCCCCAAGUGGUAUGGGAUCUGAACCUCCUAUCAAGCAAACAAGAUUGUCGUUCCCUGCUGGCCGAGAGUUUCAACCUGUCUCGCCAUUCGUCCUGGAGGAGAGCAAAAGGCGAGAGAGCCCGGGACCAUCUCUUAGGUCCCACAAGUGACGGAUUAUUGGACUGGUUUUCACGGUUGACAAAUAUAUAUUCUUGUUAUAUCCUUAUGUAGGUCUGCUGACGGAGCUUGGGGGGAUUGAAGACUUAUUUGCUGGAGAAGGCGUUGUGGAGAGAGGAGAAUUCUAUUACAAAUGAUGCUUCUUCUAUGAUCGAGUUCAACGGAAGUGGGGAUGAGAAGGAAAGGGGUAUUUGUUGACUUGCUAUUGCUGUCACUUAUUUAUGUCAAGGGGAUAUCAGUGGCCCAAAAGAGGGGGGCAUAUGGAUCGCUAGGAUGUUGUAGCACCACAUUGCACAAAUAACGAGGAAAAUAUGGUUGGAAGGAGCCUGUUGCUUUUUAACAUUUGCUCUGGCUUCGAGGAGCCGCUUGCUUUAGAUAUCUCUUUUAUACACUAUCAAUCCAUCCCAGCUUGUCCCAACAAACGCCGUGAAUGCCGUUAUGCCAUAUAAUACAACCACCCCCCCUCCUCCACGGGUGCACCUUGAGCUCCGCACAGCUCCUCCUCAACCCCAACCCCUCGGCCUUGUCCCGCCCCUCCUCGCUAUCGUAUCCCCUCAACACAGCCUACUUCUUCUUCUGCUCCAGGAACAAAACCUGCUUGCGUACUGUCACACCGUCGUCAGCAAACUCCAUCACAGUCCUCACUUCUCCCCAGAGGCGCAUGGAGUUCCAAACGUACCAACAGGAUCGUAUUUCAGCAUGCUCAGCGGGCGGUGCAAGCGCGGGCGGCUGAACGUCUUGUAGUAGCCCGUCAUGGCCAUGGAGAUGAGGCGCACGGUGAUCGUGCGGGAUUUGGCUGGGGGGGGGGGUUAGCUGUGUUCUCUUGUCUUGUUUGAAUGUUCGGUGGUGUUCGCGGUCGAGGCGGUUCACGGAUACGUGCGGGGAAGGGAUUGUAGUGGCGGACGAAUGCGCGUAAGAGCUUUGUCGAGUGGGAGAGGGGGGUUCGUACCUUUUUUUGCCAUGGUGAGUGUUGUGGUGGGGGAUUGAGGCGUGAGUGGUGAGGCUUCGAGAUGUCGUCGGGAUUUGGGAAUUGGGAAAUUGUAG